UUAGUUUAGUUUAAGAAAAUAGUAAAUUACAUUGUUGAGAGUGUGUCGAGUUUAGGUUAUAUCUUAGGUCAGCUUUUGGUUUGACUUUAAGGCAAGUUUUGUGUCGUCAUCAGUAUCUUUUUCUCUCAUUGUUUGGAAUCAUCACCCUUCUCUGCUUCCUUCUUACUUCUUCCUUCUCUUGCUCUUCAGCUACCAUUAUCAAGAGGACAUUAAUUUGGAAAUUGAAGACACAAAAAAUCUCAUAUCUUUUGACAACAAGACAAGGUAUUUCAGAUCUGUUUGGUAGUUGAAACAUCUAUACAAGUGUUGUUUUGGUUUUUGGGGAGAAAGAAGUAGAAACACACCCAUCAUGGAAGAUGGUGCUUUGACAUCAUCUACAACCAUGAUGGAAGCUCCACAACCUGAUGAAAAUUCAAUGGAUUUUGAUUACGUGAGUGAACUUUUGUUAGAUGGUUGUUGGUUAGAAGCAUCUGCUGAUGGAUCUGAUUUCUUGCUACAAAGUUCACCUUUUUCCAAUCCCCUUUUUGACCCUUCAUUCACUUGGCCUUCCUUGGACAACAUUGACCCUCCCGAUAACGUGGAUCGACAUAAAUCGCAAGAUGCUUCUCUUGGCACCGAACAAGAAAGCCGAAGUAUAGUUAAUGUCGAUGGUGGUAGCAACCAGAAGGAGUAUCGAUUUGAGACUUAUUCAGGUGAAGGGUUUUUUAGUAGGUGGUGGAUUGGACCAACACCGAAUUCGGGACCUGGUGGAUCUUUCAUAGUGGAGAAGCUGAUAAGGGCUCUUAAGUGGAUCAAAGAUUUCGAUAGAAACAAAGAUAUGCUUAUACAAAUUUGGGUGCCGGUUAAUAGAGGGGAUGAUAGGCCAUUUCUGACAGCUAAUGAUCUUCCUUUUUCACUCGAAACAAGGUCUUUAAACCUUGCAAGGUACCGAGAAAUCUCUGUGAGAUAUCAGUUUUCUGCGGAGGAGGAGGACUCGAAGGAUUUGGUGGCGGGUUUGCCUGGUCGAGUAUACAGGGAUAAAGUUCCUGAGUGGACACCUGAUGUUCGAUUCUUCAGGAGUGAUGAGUAUCCACGAGUUGAUCAUGCUCAAGAAUGUGAUAUUCAUGGAACAUUAGCAGUACCGGUGUUUGAACAAGGGAGCAGGACAUGUUUGGGUGUUAUUGAGGUUGUGAUGACUACACAGCAAAGCAACUAUAGCGCCGAACUUGAGACUGUUUGCAAAGCACUUGAGGUUGUUGAUCUCAGAAGCUCUAGACAUUCAAGUCUUCAGAAUGUGAAGGCACGCGACAGAUCCUAUGAAACCGCACUACCUGAGAUUCAAGAGGUUUUGAGAUCUGCAUGUGAAAUGCACAAAUUACCUUUGGCUCAGACUUGGAUCCCAUGCAUCCAACAAGGAAAAGACGGGUGUCGGCACUCGGAUGAUAACUAUGUACACUGUAUAUCUCCGGUGGAGUAUGCUUGCUAUAUCGGUGAUUCCUCGGUAAGGUUUUUUCACGAGGCUUGCAUGGAGCAUCACUUGUUAAAAGGUCAAGGUGUUGCUGGGGGUGCUUUUAUGACAAACCAACCAUGCUUCUCGGCUGAUAUAACUUCUUUAAGCAAGAUCGAUUAUCCACUGUCUCAUCAUGCCAGGUUGUUCGGAUUGCGGGCUGCAGUUGCCAUACGACUCCGAAGCAUAUAUAGUACUUCAGAUGACUAUGUUCUUGAGUUCUUCUUGCCUGUGGAUUGUAAUGACAGCGGGGAACAGAAAAAGAUGCUCACUUCAUUGUCCAUGAUUAUUCAAAGGGUUUGCCGCAACUUGCGGGUUAUAACAAAUAAGGAAUUGGAGAAAAAUAACUUAUCAGCAAAUGAAGUGAUGGACCUUGCUGAUAGUGGUUUUGCUAGCGGUGCAACUUGGUCGGAACUCCAACACAGGAGGAUGGCUGCCUCAUUGGAUGGUGAUUUUUUUUUUAAUGAAACAAUGGGUGGAAAAUUCUCAGAACAGACGCAGCAACAAGAAAAUCUUAUUUUAAAAGGAGAUACUGAGUCUGGUAGAGAAUGUUCCCUUUCUGUUGAGGGUAACUUGUUGUCAAGUGUGGGAAUAAGAGAGAAAAGACGUCCCAAGGCAGAUAAAACUAUCACUCUUCAAGUUCUUAGGCAAUAUUUUGCCGGAAGUCUAAAAGAUGCUGCGAAGAAUAUUGGUGUCUGUACUACAACUCUGAAAAGGAUCUGCCGGCAACACGGGAUAAAGCGUUGGCCUUCCCGGAAGAUAAAAAAGGUCGGCCAUUCCUUGCAGAAACUUCAACUUGUCAUCGACUCGGUUCAGGGUGCCUCGAGUACAUUUCAAAUUGAUUCCUUCUAUUCAAAAUUAUCCGAUCUAGCAUCACCAAAUUUAUCAGGAACCAGCCUGAUCUCAACUCUGAAUCAAAUCGAUAAUCAAGUCUCAUUAAACACACAGCCGGAUCCCGACUCGUUGAGUCCAGAAGAUGCAUCAAAAUCACCCUCCACUUCGUGCAGUCAAAGUUCAUUUUCAAGCCAUUCCUGUUCAAGCAUGUCAGAGCAACAACACCACACAAACAAUUUUGCUAGUAACAAAGACCCAUUGGUUGGCGAAGAUUCUGUUGAUGUUGUGUUGAAGAGAAUCAGAAGUGAAGCAGAACUUAAAAGCCUGAUUCAAGAUAAUAAUAAGGCGAACGUCAUGCCAAGAUCACAAAGCCAUGAAACACUUGGUGAACACCCGAUAACCGAGUAUCACCAAUCUUUAUUGAAAACCGAUCGCAAAGCGUCUCAAAAGGAGGAUGCUCAUAGAGUAAAAGUUACGUAUGGAGAUGAGAAAAGCCGGUUUAGGAUGCCAAAGACAUGGUGUUAUGAAGAUGUUGUGCAGGAAAUUGGCAGGAGAUUUAAUGUAAGUGACAUGAGCAAAUUCGAUAUCAAAUAUUUGGACGAUGAUUGUGAAUGGGUAUUACUAACUUGUGAUGCAGAUUUAGAGGAGUGCAUUGAUGUUUGUCAAUCUUCUGAGAUUAGUACCAUCAAACUCUGUCUACAACCCUCCAGUAAUUUUAUCAGGAGUUCUUUAGAAUUUAGAUAGAAAAAAAAAAUGCCUUUUGUGAUUGUAAAUUACAAGAUCCUGUGUCAUGUAUGUGAAUAAGUCUUAGAAGUUUGUAGUUUUAAGCCAAGAUUUUUUUAUCCUAAGGAAAUUGUAUUAUUUUGUUAGACUAUAAGGAUACACUUUUGUUUGUCCUUACAUAAACCAGAAGCAAUAAGCAGGUUCAACUUUUGUUUGUUUAGUAUGAUGAUUAAUACAAAUUGUAAAAUUUACGCCUCCGUCUU